UGAAGCCGGGCCACUCCCCGAGACUUGCUGGAAUGCAGUCGGAGGGGGUGGGGGGGCGAGCUGCGAGCGCGCUUGCUCCCAAUCACAGGAGGACGAGGAGGAGGAGGAGGAGAACGGCUGCCUUGAGGAAGUACAGAAUGAAGUUGUGGAGCUGAAACUCCCCUCGAUCGUAGCAGGAGGGACGAGAAGCACCCCAAGGCCGCCGCCCGCCCCUCCCAGGGUGCCAGCCCGGCGCCCAGCGCCCACCCUUCGCCUCGCCGCGCCCGGCACCCUCGCAGCCUGGUCCAGCCGGAGCCAUGGGGCCGGAGCCACAGUGAACACCAUGAAACUGGCGGCCUGGUGCCGCUGGGGGCUCCUCUUCGCCCUCCUGCCCCCCGGAGCUGCGGGCACCCAAGUGUGCACUGGCACAGACAUGAAGCUGCGGCUCCCGGCCAGCCCCGAGACCCACCUGGACAUGCUUCGCCACCUCUACCAGGGCUGUCAGGUGGUGCAGGGUAACCUGGAGCUCACCUACCUGCCUGCCAAUGCCAGCCUCUCCUUCCUGCAGGAUAUCCAGGAGGUGCAGGGCUACGUGCUCGUCGCCCACAACCAAGUGAGGCAGGUCCCUCUGCACAGGCUGCGAAUUGUGCGAGGCACCCAGCUCUUCCAGGACAAAUUUGCUCUGGCCGUGCUGGACAACAGAGACCCAUUGGACCAUGCCACUCCUGCCACAGGCGCUGUCCCUGGAGGGUUGCAGGAGCUGCAGCUGCGAAGCCUCACAGAGAUCCUGAAGGGAGGUGUCAUGAUCCAGCGAAACCCCCAGCUUUGCUACCAGGAGACGAUUUUAUGGAAAGACAUCUUCCACAAGAACAACUGGCUGUCCCUGGAGCUGGUAGAUGCCAACCACUCACGGCCCUGCAAACCCUGUUCUUCAGCGUGUAAAGUCCCCCACUGCUGGGGAGAAAGUUCUGAGGACUGUCAGAGCUUGACCCGCACUGUCUGUGCCAGUGGCUGUGCCCGCUGCAAGGGCCCGCUGCCCACUGACUGCUGCCACGAGCAGUGUGCUGCCGGCUGCACAGGCCCCAAGCACUCUGACUGCCUGGCCUGCCUCCACUUCAACCACAGCGGCAUCUGCGAACUGCACUGCCCACCCCUGGUCGUCUACAACACGGACACCUUUGAGUCCGAAAUCAACCCUGAGGGCCGUUACACCUUUGGUGCCAGCUGUGUGGUCACCUGUCCCUACAACUACCUGUCUACGGAUGUGGGCUCCUGCACCCUGGUCUGUCCCCUGAACAACCAAGAGGUGACAGCUGAGGAUGGGACCCAGAAGUGUGAGAAAUGCAGCAAGCCCUGUGCCCGAGUGUGCUAUGGCCUGGGCAGGGAACACUUGCGGGAGGUGAGGGCGGUCACCAGUGCCAAUAUCCAGGAGUUUGCCGGCUGCAAGAAGAUCUUUGGGAGCCUGGCAUUUCUGCCCGAGAGCUUUGAGGGGGACCCAGCCUCCAGCACUGCCCCCCUACAGCCGGAGCAGCUCAGAGUGUUUGAGACUCUGGAGGAGAUCACAGGUUACCUGUACAUCUCAGCGUGGCCAGACAACCUGCCUGACCUCAGUGUCUUCCAGAACCUGCGAGUCAUCCGGGGACGAGUCCUGCACGACGGCGCCUACUCGCUGGCCCUUCAAGGCCUGGGUAUCGGCUGGCUGGGACUUCGCUCACUACGGGAACUGAGCAGCGGGCUGGCCCUCAUCCACCGCAAUGCCCGUCUCUGCUUCAUACACACGGUGCCCUGGGACCAGCUCUUCCGGAAUCCUCACCAGGCCCUGCUGCACAGUGCCAACCGGCCAGAUGAUGAGUGCGAGGGCAAGGACCUGGCCUGCUACCGGCUGUGUGCCCACGGGCACUGCUGGGGUCCUGGGCCCACCCAGUGCGUUAACUGCAGCCAGUACCUGCGGGGCCAGGAGUGUGUGGAGGAAUGCCGAGUACUGCAGGGGCUCCCCCGGGAGUAUGUGAAGGACAGACACUGUCUGCCAUGCCACCCUGAGUGCCAGCCCCAGAAUGGUUCCGAGACCUGCUUCGGAUUGGUGAGGCACUGGUGGGCCCAGGGCCAGCUGAAGGGAAGAAAGGAGGCUGAUCAGUGUGUGGCCUGUGCUCACUAUAAGGACGCUCCCUUCUGUGUGGCUCGUUGUCCCAGCGGUGUGAAACCUGACCUCUCCUUCAUGCCCAUCUGGAAGUUCCCAGAUGAGGAGGGCACAUGCCAGCCAUGCCCCAUUAACUGCACCCACUCCUGUGCGGACCUGGAUGAGAAGGGCUGCCCCGCUGAGCAGAGAGCCAGCCACGUGACCAUCAUCACCACUGUGGUGGGAAUCCUGCUGUUCAUGGUCGUGGGGCUGGUCCUGGGCAUCGUAAUCAAGCGGUGGCGGCAGAAGAUCCGGAAGUACACGAUGCGGAGGCUGCUGCAGGAAACGGAGCUGGUGGAGCCGCUGACGCCCAGCGGAGCGCUGCCCAACCAGGCUCAGAUGCGGAUUCUAAAAGAGACGGAGCUGAGGAAGGUGAAAGUGCUUGGAUCUGGAGCUUUUGGCACAGUCUACAAGGGAAUCUGGAUCCCUGAUGGGGAGAAUGUGAAAAUCCCAGUGGCCAUCAAAGUGUUGAGGGAAAACACAUCUCCUAAAGCCAACAAAGAGAUCUUGGACGAGGCAUACGUGAUGGCUGGUGUGGGCUCCCCAUAUGUGUCUCGCCUCCUGGGCAUCUGUCUGACAUCCACAGUGCAGCUGGUGACACAGCUCAUGCCCUAUGGCUGCCUCCUAGACCAUGUCCGUGAACACCGUGGACGCCUGGGCUCCCAGGACCUGCUGAACUGGUGUGUGCAGAUUGCCAAGGGGAUGAGCUACCUGGAGGAUGUGCGGCUUGUGCACAGGGACCUGGCUGCCCGGAACGUGCUGGUUAAGAGCCCCAACCAUGUGAAGAUUACAGACUUCGGGCUGGCGCGGCUGCUGGACAUCGAUGAGACUGAGUACCAUGCAGAUGGGGGCAAGGUGCCUAUCAAGUGGAUGGCGUUAGAGUCCAUUCUCCGCAGACGGUUCACCCACCAGAGUGACGUGUGGAGCUACGGUGUGACUGUGUGGGAGCUGAUGACUUUUGGGGCCAAACCUUAUGAUGGGAUCCCAGCGCGGGAGAUCCCUGACCUGCUGGAGAAGGGUGAACGGCUACCCCAGCCUCCCAUCUGCACCAUUGAUGUCUACAUGAUCAUGGUCAAAUGUUGGAUGAUUGACUCUGAGUGUCGUCCACGGUUCCGGGAGUUGGUGGCCGAAUUCUCCCGCAUGGCCAGGGACCCCCAGCGCUUUGUAGUUAUCCAGAAUGAGGACAUGGGCCCAUCCAGCCCCUUGGACAGCACCUUCUACCGCUCGCUGCUGGAGGAUGAUGACAUGGGGGACCUGGUGGAUGCUGAGGAGUACCUGGUGCCCCAGCAGGGUUUCUUCUGCCCAGACCCUGCCCCAGGCACUGGGGGCACAGCCCACCGCAGGCACCGCAGUUCCUCCACCAGGAGUGGCGGUGGUGAGCUGACCCUGGGGCUGGAGCCCUCCGAGGAGGAGCCCCCCAGGUCACCACUGGCACCCUCAGAAGGGGCUGGCUCCGAUGUGUUUGACGGUGACCUGGCAAUGGGGGCAGCCAAGGGGCUGCAGAGCCUCUCCCCGCAUGACCCCAGCCCUCUACAACGGUACAGCGAGGACCCCACAGUAUCUCUCUCACCUGAAACUGAUGGCUACGUUGCCCCCCUCACCUGCAGCCCCCAGCCCGAAUACGUGAAUCAGCCAGAGGUUCGGCCACAGCCCCCCUCGCCCCUAGAGGUCCCUCUGCCUCCUUCCUGCCCUGCUGGGGCCACUCUGGAAAGGCCCAAGACACUCUCCCCUAGAAAGAAUGGGGUUGUCAAAGACGUUUUUGCCUUUGGGAGUGCAGUGGAGAACCCUGAGUACUUGGCACCCCGAGGAGGGGCUGCCCCUCUGCCCCAUCCUCCCCCUGCCUUCAGCCCAGCCUUUGACAACCUCUAUUACUGGGACCAGGACCCAUCUGAGCGGGGCUCUCCACCCAGCACCUUUGAAGAGACCCCUACAGCAGAGAACCCUGAGUACCUGGGCCUGGACAUGCCAGUGUGAGCCAAAAGGCCAAGUUGGCUGAUGCCCUGCUGUACCUUCAGGGAGUGGGGAAGGCCUGACUUUGGGCCCACAUCAGGAUGAGGCAGAAGAGGACCCUCUGACCGUGUCCAGAGGAGCCUGCCCAUGCUAAGAACUUGUCCUCAGGACCCUUCAACCCCAGGUGGCUGAGAGGGGCCUGGCCUGGCCUGGCCUGGCUGGAAGAAGAGGGGAGGCUGAGGAGCCUUGACUGGUUUUUUUGGAGCCCUGCCCCACCAGACCCUAGGGGCCAACGGAUGCCACAGCCAGCCCCCACACCUGAGGCAGCAGCCCAGCCUAACCCUCUUCCAGAUCCCUGGUCUGGAAGGACUUUGGAAGCUAGGCCUAGUAGGGGAAGAGGCCUCAAGCGGAUGAGAAAAGGGAGUUUCUAACUAAGAACAAGAGCGACUUUCAGAGACAAUGUCCCUGAGACUCAUCUUUGCUCCCCUGGAAGAAGGGGCAACUGUGUCCAGAAUCCAGUUCUUGUACAGAGUGCUUUUUUGUUGUUACCUUUUUUUUUUUUAAAGAUGAAAUAAGGACACGGGGGGAGAGGGGGUGUUGUAUGGAAUGGGGCCCCUGGGGUUGGGGGAAGGGAUGUCCCCUUUCUCCACACCCACCUUCUCCCGUUUGCAAAUAUAUUUUGGAAAACAGUUGAGGCCAGCCUCUGCCUGGGAGUGGCUCUGUGCUAUCCCUUACUGCUAGUCUCCUAACUUAGACUCAUCUCAUCCUGUCCUGGGGAAGGAGGUGGCAGGCUGUCAAUCUUCAGAAAGCCCCACUGAGGAGCCUAACUUCAAGUUCCCUGGCUUUUGGGGAAGGGGUGAUCUGGGGAGUUAGGGGUUCUGAGAGCCCGUUGAUAACCAGAUCAUUCCUGUUUAGAACAAACUAAUUCCUAAAGCCACCCACCAGAAUGGGAUAACUUUCUCCCUCUGGGUAAGAAGACUUGCGGGUGGGGUGGGGGACAGAAGGGGCAGGGUCUACUGUGUGACUUAUUUUCCUUGCUUUGGCUAUAAGAGAGGAGCUCGUUAAACAAGAAGGAACUAUCCAGAAAAGGCCCACUCGGCCACCACAGCCAGAUGAUACAAAAGCUGCCCCCCACACUCCUGGAUUGGACAUAAAAACACACUAGUUGGCACA